GGGCUACGCCGCGUAUCGAAAUUAUCACGUUGAAGGACGCUCGAUCGCUAACGAGCCGGGAAUUGGAUCGCAAAAAUUGAAAGGUCCUUUAAAUAAAACAAACACUGUCCUAAUAUCUGCAGCAAAAUUAGACGCAGUAGUAUUUUUUUAGGAUAACACAAGUCUAAAAUGUAAGAAAAGAAUUGAAAGUGAGUGUGGAACUUAACUUUCAACCUUGAUUUCUAUAAAUCUGUAACGAUCUGCUUUCGUGCAAGUCAACUUCAAUUCUCGACGGCAUUAAAAUGUUCGGUUCGCUUGCAGGAACAAAUCUUUUUUCGUCGCGUAAUUUCGCCGGUAUGCGUGUCGGUGAUCCGUCGCUGAGAAAGCGGCCGGGGAAUUGAAACGAGACAAUCUGAAAAUGAGACAUCCCGAUGGCGCGGUCUUGUGAGGAGCGGUCGAGUCGCGGCGGACCGGUUGUGAGGAAGGGUGGCUUGGCCUUCGGGGAUGUCGGAGAGAGAGAAGAGAGAGAGAGAGAGAGAGAGAGAGAGAGAGAGAGAGAGAGAGAGAGAGAGAGAAUUGAAGAUAUCGGCGAGGGCCGAUGUCGGCGGAUCAAGAGAAGGAUGUCAUGGUGUCGCGAGAUAGGGAUCGAUGAGGUCUUCUCGAAGGCAGGGGGCAACCGGGAUAACCAUACGCUUCUACGCUGUCGAAGGCACGCCCCGGAUGGUGCGGACAGUGCAAACACCGUUGGAACUCUCUGCGGUGACAUUAACGGUUGGCAGCCUCGACCGCCUCGAAACCAGCCAGGUACAGAUCGGCCGUUUCUCCCCUCAUUGCUGCUUACGACGAUCAGUCCGGUUCGAUUUCGAACGUCUGUCAAAUACUUUACGCGGCGACUAUUCAGAUAGGUAGCGUGUGUGAGAUUUAUUUUAUUAUUAAAUGCACAAAAUAUCUCGCGUAACAAAUAUUUCGUCUCUGAUAACAAGAAGAUACACACAUUAAAGUAAUGGCAAAGGCACGAAUAACAGCAAAGGAAAAUUUAUUGUGUCUAUUCGGGUGCAUAAUUAAAAUUUUUAGAAUGUAAAAAUGUAAUAAUAGAAUUGUGCCCUGUGACAACAACAUGCGGACAUGCCAUAAACAUUUAGUUUUCGAAUUCGACAUCCAUUCGCGAUAGCUGGCAAUAAAAAUGCAUGUAUCUCUCGCACCUCGGCCCACCGUAAUAUUGUACAUCAGAUGAUGAUCCACGCAAUAAUGCGCUGUAAAUAGGUUAAACAGGGCAACAAGACGAUGCGUCGGCUGUGUAUACGCGGUGACAUCAAUGGUCGGCAAUUUAAAACGGCCUGGGUCCAAAUAUACUGCUGCCUCCUUUUUCUCUGUCCAGAUCUAUCUAGAUCUUUUGUAAAGACCCGCACACUUAAUAGAUCCCAAGGAGCCGAGACCUACGAUAAUUUGGUUGUCUGUGGUAUAAACAGAGCGACACCCAAUGAUCUAUAUGGCACGUAUCGGCACGAAAGGGACCGCAAACCACUUUGGUGUCCGAGAUGGCCCCUUCGACAUCAUUUAAGGGUGAACCUUUAGGUUUAUCGAAGGGAAAAAUGGGGAAAAUUCAAAACAUUAAUCUGUCUCAGCUCUUCAAUAAGAUACGUGGUUUACGACUUGUCUCAAAGACUAUUCUGCAUUUAACUGCAUUAAUAACAUUUAUAGAAACUUUAGAAAUUGACAGGAAAUAGGAUCGAGAGACUUAAAUCAUAAAUGUAUAUAAAAUAAUGCUAAUUUCUAACCAAUAAAGGAGAGUUAGAAUGGCCAUCACAUUCUCCUGAUUUAAACCCUCUUGAUUUCUUCUUAUGGAUUUCUUUCUUCGUCAAGGAUACCAUUAAAAUCUCUUAACUUGUGCUUUGUAAUCAUAUUAAUAUCAUAUCUGUAACAAUUAAGAUACGAAUGUAAUAAACAAACUAUACUAAUGCUAUUGGAUAUGUUAAGUUAAUAACUAUAUCACUAUGGUUGAUCUAUAUCACUUGAUUAAAAACAAUUUUAUUUUUUUGCGCCAUCUAUGCAGUGGCUCAAACUAGAAUGAGCGAUGGAAAGAUAUUUAUUUUAUGGUUUACAGUUCUUUUACGGCGAUUUUUCUUGCCGGCAACAAAGUUUUUCAACAAAAAGGUUUUUCGUGUCGAGCCGAGAACGCUAUAUAGAUGCGGUCUGCAUAAUAUUAAGAAUGCAACAACGACACGGCCACCCAGAGUGUUCACAGACUUCUUGUCUUGUCGGAUGCCACGUUCAAACCGAUUGACUCCGAACGAUUUCUGAAUGCUUGGAUGAUUUCAUAAAGCAAUGACAUGUGACGAUUACGACAGCGUCUCAAAAUUAUUCAUGUUCUAAUCAUCUAAUCUAUGAAAUAGUUACUCGAUCUUUUGGGACACGAAGCAAUCUCUGACAAAGUGAUCAAGCGUGCGGGAUUUGGGGAGAAUUGUCGCGCCGAAAUGAUUAUUGCGUGACUUUUUCGUACACUUGAUUGACGGGAGAAUGAGUUACUUGUACGAGCAAAGUAUCCAUGUACAAUCAACGACUUUGCGGCCGGUAAAGGACCACGAAAAGGAUAUUUUUGACGCACAUGUAACAAAACUUUACUUUUUUCUAUUUUAAUAUUGACAAUAAACCUUCUUUCUUGUUGCAGCUAGAGAUAAAUAACUUUCUUUCUCGUUUUUGCCAAAUUUCAAAUAAAGACCUUACCCAUUAUGGAAUAGACUAACACGCCAUGUGAAAGAAGCGAAGUUGAUAAAAGCAAAUGAGUGACAAAGCAGAUUUCUGUCCGGAGGUUUGGGUUCUACUCAAUUGUAUAUCUGUAGUCUAUUAUAAUAUGCUACCGUCCGGUCUAUUUCAUCUUUAGUUUUCCCGUUUUUGUUAGUUUACUGGUGCCUUUAAAAAUACAUAAAUUUCAUUUUAAAUAGAAUGUAUAUUAGUUAUAAAUAAUAGGCCUAAUACGUUGCGAUUGAUAAGAAACUCGAUCAAAAUUCAAAGGACUUGUAAAAGAUCCAUUUUGUGCGAAAGCAUCAUGGAAACCUAAAAUGAAAAUUAGGUCACGCGCCGCAUGCAUUAGACAAAACACACACGAGCAGUAGAACACAUGUGCAAUGUCCAUAUAAAGAUGAAAGAAAGCGGUAGCAUGAAAGCAGGUAUUUUCUUCGUUUUCUUCGUUCGAUCUGAGAGGUAUGAGGAAGAAAGGUUAUUUAUUUGUAUAUUUACCAAAAAAUAAAAACUUGGUGUGAAAUAUUUAUUACCGUAGACAAAGAGUGCUUUCUCUUGAGACACAUCUGUGUUUUGGAAACUGUAUUUCACACGUGUAAUAUACACAAUAUUCUGUUAAAGAAUGAAAAAAAAAUAACCAUUGCGAAGUGGUAAUUUAAAAGAUAAUUGAGUAUCAGUAGUAAAUGUGUUACUUUCCCUUGGACAUAAAUUUAUAAGGUUUAGAAGAGAAAAGAAGUUAUUUGUAAACUUACCACUGUGAAAAGAAACGUCAAAUAUUUAUUACAGAUACAUCUAUCUCUGUUUAAAAGAGAUAUACACCUUUAGAUGCGUCAAAAGUUUACUUGUCAAGUUAUGUUUUAAAAAAACAACCAUUACUGCUUUUACAAAAUUCAUUUGAAAGUCAAAUAAACAGGCUUUUUUAAAAUUAAAACACAAAUUUAGUUGUUAACGUAUGUAAUGUUUUUUUUUAAUAUGGUGUUCAAACAAAAUGGUAGCUGGUAAAAAUCAACGAUCAUUGUCAACUACAAGAAUUAAGGAUUAUAUUAUUUAAAAAAUUUCAGAUAAUUUUAACAUCUUUAUUUAAGAUUAAGAGGCCCUUUUAUCCUUUUUAUUUGUUUAUCUUUAUUUGCUAUGGCAAUGAAGGCAAUGGAGAGUUGAAGUUCGUGAGCUCAUGAAGAUUUUAAAUCUGAUCUACAUCAAUUAAAAAAAAAAAUUUUGUCAUACAUGUUAUCAUUUCUAUUACAUGUAUAAAAAUUACAAUUAUUUACACAAGAAUUUUGUUCAAACAUAUAUAAACAUUUUUAAAACGUCUCAAUGUGAAUAUAUUUUAAACGUACGUCCAGUAAUGUUCUCGAAACAUUUGUAUUACGUCAAUGGACAUUUAGACCAAAAAUGGUCCAAAAUCAGAUGUAUGUUGUGUGUCGUCUGGGUAAAAAAAUUCUAUGUAGCGAACUAAUAUUUAGUGCUUAGAAAAAGUAAAUUACAAGUAGCCUUAUUGUCAAGGUACAUGGUCACGCGGUUUUUUACAGUGGUUUUAAAAACCACAUUUUGAGAAAAACGCGUUUCAAGUUUAUAUUCUGUUUACGACAUCAAGAGUUUUACAGUGAAUUGUCUUCUUAGGGUUAUAAAACUGACCUUCUGUUGGAGAAUGCUUCUAAAAAAUCGCUUUGCCUUCUGUCGCCUGCGACGUAAUCUCUUCCUUUGUGCAUCGAUGCGGUCGACUAUAAUUUUAUGUAACUUUUUAAUUUUUUUUCUAUUGGAUUGUUUUAAAACUUUAUAGAAAUAUUCUUAAGAUAUUAAACUUUAGAAAUAUGUAUUCAGAAAAGAAAUAAAAUUGUUGAACUCUUUUAAUUAUAUACGUCCCGUUAAGUUUUUUUCUUCGGCAGCUUUGGCCCGAGAAAUCGUAUUGUUAAGAUACAGAACAACAUAUUACAAAAAAAAGAAAAAAAAAACGUAAAAUUAAAUUACGCAUAAAAAUGUAAACUGCAGGCUUCAUUUCGGGAUGCAUUUGAUGACUAUGCACAUUUUCAGCAUCCAAUUCCAUGGAGUGUUAUAAAAUGCUGUGAGAUGAUACAUCUCACGUUUACACCGGGGCCCUUUAUUGGGAAUCUACCGGGCAGAAAUACGGGGACACCUUGGGUGGGAUUAAAGGAGCGGUCGCGAAGGAAAUCAUUUUACCUAAUACGAUGUUUCAAAGGGAGAAAAGUCCCGGGGGAAGGACAUAAGAAUCACGACAAGGGGUAACAAUUACUUUAUUUUGACUUUGCGGCUCGCCGUCUUUAGACCGUCCCGCUUUCCAUUGUCCCCCCGGUGGCUUCUGUGUGCGACAAAAAGCGCGGGCGUGAAAACGUUUAAUAAAAAUGGGCGUCCCGGUGUGACAAUUCUGCCGGAGAAUUGGAAAACUUCGGGCCGAAUUGGUUUAGAUGACUCUUUACGAAUCGCCGAAUUGAAUGUGAGAUGGAGGGGCAGCAUGUGGUAGGUAGCUUAAUAGCCCUUACGGCUUUCUCCGUAAAUAUGCGUGUGCAUUUCGUACAAUGUGCGCUCGCAAGGAAUUUAAUUCGAUUGGAAUUUAUGACGCAGAAUCAAAAACGACGCUAUGCGGAAAGCGACGGCAAUAAAUAACAUGAGAAAACUCCUUAUAUUUGCCACAUUUAUGUAUAACACAGAUUUCUCUAUUUAUCAUGAGCAGGUAGAUGUAGAUGAAAUGAUGUUGCAGUGUCGAACAAAUAAGAUUAUUUCGAAAAGAAAAUGGAAAAAAGAACAACGACAACUCUCUUUAUCUGCUUACAGAGGUGAUUCCGUAUUCAAAGCUUUGAAAAUUUCAAAUUCCAGUGGUAUAAUAUCACGGAGAGGUGACACCUCAAGUGAAAAAACCGACAGGGGGAUGCGACGGUCACGUCGUUCACGCGAUGAUAAUGCGACAUUAACGCGAGGAUACCGGUUCGUUUCACAUGGAAAUUCAUGAACUCACCUAGCCGAUUUUCACGGGCGCCUCCGCACGAAAAAUCCGUAUUUUUCGUGGAAAAAGUACUCGAGAGAGCUCUCCCUCUCUCUCCCUCCCUCCCUCUCUCUCUCUCCUUGGGAGCGGAGAGGACGUUGAAGGAUCGCCCCUCGUACGCCAUCGACGCCCUGCUUUGCACUUGAAUAACCCAAUUUCGGGAUGGCGCAACCUCUUCGGGGUAAGUAAGCUUACGUCCGCAAACAAUCCAUUCGACGAAGAUUUACGAGCUGAAUUUUAUCGCGCGCACGCUUCGCAUUCCCCGCCGGUUACAUACGUGCCCGCCGUGAAACUUCCUUAAUGCGGCUGUACUUCCUCCUACUUUGUUCUCAACGUUUGUAAAGAAACAAAACAAAAAAAAAAGAAGAAAGAACGAAAAAAAGGAGAGAAACGAUCGUGGACGAAGGUGGGCUCACGCGGGACGUUUAAGUUCGUGAAUGGCGCGGAUGCAUUCGUCACGGAUGUGUCCCUCGGACGCGAUCUCGCGUUCAGCGCAUAAAAAUAUUAAUACGCAUUGUUGUAAUAUGCGUCCUCUUUUUUUUUUUUUUACAUUUCUCAGGAACGGUCUGCGUGCGCUUUGCCUGGAAAUGAUUUCAAUGACGUAGGAACGCUCUUCCGGAAAUUGAAAUGGAUCUAGGAAUGCAGGAUGUGUUUAUGAUAAUUCAUGCUUUAUUGCUUAAUUAUACGGACGGUCGAGCUUAGCCGAGGCCGCGGCGGGAGGGAGACGAAUUUGUGAAAUGAAUUUCACGGCGUGGCAACGAGGGAUCUUUCGUCGAGAAGAGGAGACGCGGCGGUUGUGAAAAAUCGACCCGGUAUUGGGAUUAGGGGAGAACGGCCGCGAAGCGUUCCACCCUGCUUUGCACCUGAAUGACCCAAUUUCGGCGCCAUUGCGGCGCAUCUCACGGCGUGCGCGUUCGCGAGAAAGCGAUCCGAUCUAUGCGGUGUCCCAUAUACUUGGUAUCCGCGCUGCUUUGCAAAUGAAUGGCGAGACACUGACACACACACACACACACACACACACGCGCGCUCUUGAGAGUCCCGGGCAGGAAGGCACAAUCUCGUUGACUUUUUUUCUUUACGUUUUCCCAUUGUGAACCAGCCAUGCGAGCGUGCGCGGCUUGCGGCUUCUCAUCACAAUGCAAUUAUGCGGGUCGUUCAGUCGCGCAAGAUUCCGGCGAGAUUUCGAGUCGAGGGUGGACUCCGCGCGCCCCGGUUUUCGAGAGCCCUCGCGUAAACGAACCGUUUACAAGCUCGUCCUUUCAGCUUCCCGACUUUCCGACUUGGGCCCUUUUGUAUUUCGAGACCACUCGAGUUUUCACGUCGCCGGAAUAACAAGUCGGCGGAUCGACGUGUUUUUCACCUCCGAGAACACCUUCCAGAAGAUUUAUUUGAUGUGAUAUGUCGAGCAAAUUGAUUAAAAAAAAAAAAAAAAAAAAAAAAUGUGCCGCUCGUCAACGAAAAUAUGGAUUACAGUAUAUACGUGAGGAUGACGGCUGUGCAAAAUUGUUUCUCGCGGAAUGUCUGAAAAAUGUUGUGCAAUUUGUUAAGCGUGGCAUUACGUUAUAUUGUUUGUAAAAGAAAAAGCAAAUAAACGUGUCUGAGAGCUAUUAUUAAACGCGGUGGGAGACUUUAUUGUGUCGCGAAAAGAAGCGUGUAAGCGUGACAUCGAGGUGGACGCAAAGUCCGUUUUCAGGAUAAACGUCGCAGCAGCGUAGUACAAAUGCUGUUUCAUUUUUUAGUAGCCACACGAGCCGGCUGAAUCAUUUUUCAAAGGAGGGAUUAUUCGCGCUAGAGCGUAACCGUACGCUGUCGGAGAUCGUAGAUCUCUGAGGCGAGACAAUGCUAUACCUUUUUCUUCAAGUGUGUCUUUAUGACUGAUAAGAAUCUGCAAUUAAGUCCUGCUUUGUUAUAAUAUUCUGAAUUUAUAUUUCGUAAUAUAAUUGCACAUGCAAAUGAUCCCCGAAAAUUCUCUUCAGAUGUUAAACAUAAAUAUAUCAUGACACGGUGAUAAAUAAAAUUUUAUCAAAUUUUUAUGUUAAAUAAGUUAUUUAAGUUUUUUAAUGUGUACCACUAUACUUUAUAAUAACUACUUGAAGUAUUGCCCUUUUACAGAAACAAUAUAAUCCCACUUCACACGUCUAGUCUUUUCAUAACCACACACAUAUGUAUAUAUUUUAAAUUUAGAAAUAAUGUAAAAGGUCACUAAAUAUUCCAGAAUAACAGGAAAUGCAAAGUCGAAAAUCUACAGUUCAAAAAUAUGUUUGAAUAUGACAUGGCUUAUGAUUAUUACUAAUAUAUAAAAAAAUAACUUUUUGGUCUAAAUGGAACCUCCGUGCAGGAUUUGCACUCGCGUUAUUCAAUCAGCUGCUUUCAAUCCACGCACCUUGGAAAGCCGUUAUAAAUCGCCUGUCACGAGACGAAGAGAGUACUACCAGCCAACGACAUAUAAUGCGAAAGUCGGUACGGAUUUGGUAUACGAAUUUAAUUCAGGUUCUUACAAUGUUGAACGUGGUGUAAACAAAAUUCAAGAACUGAAGAGAAACGUUCAGGAUCCCGACAGACCGAAGUGUCAUGACGAGACGAAUAAGUUUCAAGAGGAAAGUCUGUCGGAAUCGUCGAUGGCUAGAAUUAAUGAUCUGAAGGAGGCUCAUCGUGCGGUAAUUACAUGUUUGCGGGAAAUGGAGAAAAUAAAAAUGUUUUUGGAAGAUGAAAAUUCUUGGUGGAAAAUUCUGAAGGCACGUUCGACCGAUUGUUGUCAACAAAAGAUGCCACAUUUGCAUGGGGUUUUGGACGGAGCCUCGGUAACUUUAAUGUUGCUUGAAGAGGGGACCGAUGAGACUCCACGUCAUUUCGUAACAUCGAUGUCGAAAGAAGAAAGUAAUGUUGCUGACUCUAGAUUCGGAACUUCUUCGAAAGAAUUGACGAGUGAAGCGAAGCGAGUCAAGCAGUAUACGGAUCGCCAACCGGAACACGCAGACGAGUAUGAAAACUCUUAUACAAUUCCAUAUUACAGUCUCGAUGUACAAUCAGCAUUGAUUGAAGUUACAAAUACCAAUAGCUACGAACCGACUCAACGAUACAUUAAAAGAGCUGUUAUGAGUGACCAAAGUAUUGCUCCUUCUGAAUUUUGGACAGAAGUACAAGAAGAUGAAAGUGCCGAACACCAGAGAACAAAAACUCCAGAGAGGCUACAUAGCGACGAGUAUCAACGAGCGAAAACACCAGAGAGAUCACGUAGAUCCAAAGAAAUACGUGACAUACAAUAUGAAGCUAAAGAAAAGAUCGAAACAUCAAACAUUAUGCCAUCGAGAGAAAUACGAUAUGAUCGGAACUUUCAGACAACGUUUGAAGAUCCAUUAAAGUUCCAAGAGGCAUCUAGCAGAGAAAAUAAUGAAAGCAAGAAAUAUACAAGCGAUUUUGAAUCGAACGUGGAUUUAAACACGAAAAUACCAGCCAGAAAUAUGUCAAGUCACAAACCAAGAGCAAAGACAAUCGUUGAAAAAAGUGUUCGUUGUAUUCAAACCAAACUUCCGACAAAAAUAUCAAGAAAUAAGAGCAGAGAUUAAUUUUCGAAAAUACAGAUAAAUCUUAUAUAAGACACGCGAAAUGAAAAAAGUGCUUAUAAUAGCAAGAAGUCCAGCUUCUACUAUUGACGAUGAAUUAAAAAUGGGUUCAACGACCAUCGUAAUUCUUCGCGAAAGUGCAAUAAUGAGAUCUCCGUUUCCUAUUUCAAGUACUUCAUUUACAAAUCGAAAAGAUCGCAAAUUUCGAAAAACUAUGCGCUGAUGAAGCGCAAGAAAUCGGUCAAUUGAAAGAGAUUUCGUAGAAGAAACGAAAGAAAGUUCAACAAUAGAAUUUGAAGAAACAUAUAUAUUAAUAUUCCCAUAACAUGGAAAGGAAAGAUGAAGAAUUGACAUCUGUUAAUGGUUCUACUUAUACCUUGACUUUUGAAUCAUUUGAAACAUACCUGAAGUUGGAAAAAAAUACAUCAGUAGCUGACAAGAAACGAUUAAGGUCAUACAAAUCUAUAGAAAAGAUGACAUCAUCUUCCUCUAAAAGCAAAUGUCCAAAGUUAUGCACAGAGUACAGAGAAAUCAGUUAAAAUGGGUAUAUUUUGUAUUUUAAAUA